UCUACGGUGGCCGAGAGGAUGCCGCUGCUGUGUUAGUAACGAGGCAAGAAGCACGGCCGGGAGGUGCAGGGAGCUACGUUUCUCUAAUCUAGCUCCCCCGGUCUCGAGGAGGGUGACCCGGCAGCCGUCACCAUGGUGAAGGAGCAGUUCCGAGAGACAGAUGUGGCCAAGAAAAUAAGCCACAUCUGUUUUGGAAUGAAGUCACCUGAAGAGAUGCGCCAACAGGCGCACAUCCAGGUUGUGAGUAAGAACCUGUAUAGCCAGGACAACAACCACGCCCCCUUGCUGUAUGGUGUGCUUGACCAUAGGAUGGGUACAAGUGAGAAGGACCGUCCUUGCGAGACCUGUGGGAAGAACCUGGCUGACUGUCUGGGACACUACGGGUACAUUGACUUGGAGUUGCCAUGCUUCCAUGUGGGCUACUUCAGAGCAGUUAUAGGCAUCUUACAGAUGAUCUGUAAAACCUGCUGCCACAUCAUGCUGUCCCAGGAGGAGAAGAAGCAGUUUCUGGAUUACCUGAAGAGACCCGGCCUGACCUACCUCCAGAAACGUGGCCUGAAGAAGAAAAUCUCUGAUAAGUGCCGGAAGAAAAACAUCUGCCAUUACUGCGGUGCUUUUAAUGGUACUGUAAAGAAAUGUGGAUUACUGAAGAUAAUUCAUGAGAAAUACAAGACCAACAAAAAAGUGGUGGAUCCUAUUGUAUCAAAUUUCCUUCAGUCUUUUGAAACAGCCAUCGAGCAUAACAAAGAAGUAGAACCACUGCUGGGAAGGGCGCAGGAAAACCUGAAUCCUUUAGUAGUUCUGAAUUUAUUUAAACGAAUCCCAGCUGAAGAUGUCCCUCUACUUCUAAUGAACCCAGAAGCUGGAAAGCCCUCUGAUUUGAUUCUCACGCGACUUUUAGUGCCCCCUUUGUGUAUCAGACCCUCCGUCGUGAGUGAUUUGAAGUCUGGCACCAAUGAAGAUGAUCUGACAAUGAAACUGACAGAAAUCAUUUUCCUAAAUGAUGUCAUCAAAAAGCAUCGCAUAUCAGGAGCUAAGACCCAGAUGAUCAUGGAAGACUGGGAUUUCCUGCAGCUGCAGUGCGCCCUCUACAUUAACAGUGAGCUCUCGGGCAUCCCCCUCAACAUGGCGCCCAAGAAAUGGACCAGAGGUUUUGUCCAGCGCCUAAAGGGAAAACAGGGUCGAUUUAGAGGCAACCUUUCAGGAAAGAGAGUGGAUUUUUCUGGCAGAACAGUCAUCUCACCUGACCCCAACCUCAGGAUUGAUGAGGUAGCCGUGCCAGUUCACGUGGCCAAAAUUCUUACUUUUCCUGAGAAGGUGAACAAAGCAAACAUCAACUUUUUGAGGAAACUGGUUCGAAAUGGCCCUGAAGUUCACCCAGGAGCCAAUUUCAUUCAGCAGAGACACACACAGAUGAAAAGGUUUUUGAAAUACGGAAAUAGGGAAAAGAUGGCUCAGGAGCUCAAGUACGGGGACAUCGUGGAGAGGCACCUCAUAGAUGGAGAUGUGGUGCUGUUCAAUCGGCAGCCCUCACUGCACAAAUUGAGCAUUAUGGCGCAUCUGGCCAAGGUCAAGCCGCACCGGACCUUCAGAUUUAACGAGUGUGUCUGUACACCCUACAAUGCGGAUUUUGAUGGUGAUGAGAUGAACCUUCAUCUUCCUCAAACAGAAGAAGCUAAAGCAGAGGCUCUUGUUCUCAUGGGGACGAAAGCAAAUCUUGUAACACCAAGGAAUGGAGAACCACUGAUUGCUGCUAUUCAGGACUUUCUAACAGGUGCCUAUCUCCUCACUCUUAAGGACACUUUCUUUGACCGAGCCAAGGCCUGCCAAAUCAUUGCUUCAAUAUUAGUUGGCAAGGACGAGAAAAUUAAAGUUCGCCUCCCACCACCUACAAUAUUAAAGCCUGUCACCCUGUGGACAGGAAAGCAGAUAUUCAGCGUCAUCCUCAGACCUAGUGAUGACAAUCCAGUAAGGGCCAAUCUCCGAACCAAGGGAAAGCAGUACUGUGGCAAAGGAGAAGAUCUCUGUGUCAACGAUUCCUACGUUACCAUCCAGAACAGUGAGUUGAUGAGCGGCAGCAUGGACAAGGGAACGUUGGGAUCAGGAUCGAAGAACAAUAUUUUUUACAUUUUGCUGCGAGACUGGGGGCAGAACGAAGCUGCCGAUGCAAUGUCACGGCUUGCCAGGCUGGCUCCUGUCUACCUCUCAAACCGUGGAUUCUCCAUCGGGAUUGGUGACGUCACACCUGGUCAAGGGCUGCUAAAGGCCAAGUAUGAGUUGCUGAAUGCUGGCUAUAAAAAAUGUGAUGAAUACAUUGAAGCCCUAAACACAGGAAAGCUGCAGCAGCAGCCUGGUUGCACCGCUGAGGAGACUCUAGAGGCUCUGAUCCUGAAGGAGCUGUCUGUGAUCCGCGACCACGCGGGCAGUGCCUGCCUCCGGGAACUGGAUAAGAGCAAUAGCCCACUCACCAUGGCUCUGUGUGGCUCCAAAGGUUCUUUCAUUAACAUAUCACAGAUGAUUGCCUGUGUAGGACAGCAAGCCAUCAGUGGCUCUCGAGUGCCAGAUGGCUUUGAAAACAGGUCCUUGCCUCACUUUGAAAAACACUCAAAGCUCCCAGCUGCCAAAGGCUUUGUGGCUAAUAGCUUUUAUUCCGGUUUGACACCGACCGAGUUUUUCUUCCACACAAUGGCUGGCCGGGAAGGUCUAGUCGACACAGCCGUAAAGACUGCUGAAACGGGAUACAUGCAGAGAAGGCUUGUCAAGUCCCUUGAAGAUCUUUGCUCACAAUACGAUCUGACAGUCCGAAGCUCUACGGGUGAUAUUAUCCAGUUCAUUUACGGGGGAGAUGGCUUGGAUCCUGCAGCUAUGGAGGGAAAAGAUGAACCUUUAGAGUUCAAAAGGGUUCUGGACAACAUCAAAGCAGUCUUCCCGUGUCAGAGCGAGCCUGCGCUGAGUAAAAACGAGCUGGUCCUGACCACGGAGUCAAUCAUGAAGAAGACGGAGUUCCUCUGCUGCCAGGACAGCUUCCUGCAGACCUUAACUGAGACAGGCUAUGAGAAGUACAACGAGGAAAUAAAAAAAUUCAUUAAGGGUGUUUCUGAGAAGAUCAAGAAAACCAGAGACAAAUACGGCAUCAACGAUAACGGCACAACAGAGCCCCGGGUGUUGUACCAGUUGGACCGGAUCACCCCCACCCAGAUUGAGAAGUUCCUGGAGACCUGCAGGGACAAGUACAUGAGGGCACAGAUGGAGCCGGGUUCUGCGGUGGGUGCACUCUGUGCCCAGAGCAUUGGUGAACCAGGCACCCAGAUGACCCUGAAGACUUUCCACUUUGCGGGCGUGGCCUCCAUGAACAUCACCCUGGGUGUGCCCCGGAUCAAAGAGAUCAUCAACGCUUCCAAGGCCAUCAGCACUCCCAUCAUCACAGCCCAGCUGGACAAGGACGACGACGCAGACUACGCUCGCCUCGUGAAGGGCAGAAUUGAGAAAACCCUCUUGGGAGAGAUUUCAGAGUAUAUUGAAGAAGUGUUUCUUCCGGAUGAUUGCUUUAUCCUCGUCAAACUCUCCCUGGAACGGAUCAGACUUCUGAGACUGGAAGUGAACGCUGAGACAGUGCGGUAUUCCAUCUGCAUGUCUAAGCUCCGUGUGAAGCCUGGUGACGUGGCCGUUCACGGUGAGGCCGUGGUGUGCGUCACCCCCAGAGAGAACAGCAAAAGCUCCAUGUACUAUGUGCUGCAGUUCCUGAAAGAGGAUCUCCCCAAGGUGGUGGUACAGGGCAUCCCAGAGGUUUCCAGAGCUGUCAUCCACAUCGACGAGCAGAGUGGAAAGGAAAAGUACAAACUCCUGGUGGAGGGCGAUAACCUGCGGGCAGUCAUGGCCACUCACGGUGUGAAGGGCACCCGCACUACCUCCAACAACACCUACGAGGUGGAGAAAACCCUGGGCAUCGAAGCUGCCCGGACAACUAUCAUCAACGAAAUCCAGUACACGAUGGUCAACCACGGAAUGAGCAUCGACAGGAGGCACGUGAUGCUGCUAUCUGACCUGAUGACCUACAAGGGUGAAGUCCUGGGCAUUACGAGGUUUGGUCUGGCCAAGAUGAAAGAGAGUGUGCUGAUGCUGGCCUCCUUUGAGAAGACAGCCGACCAUCUCUUCGAUGCUGCCUACUUCGGGCAGAAGGACUCCGUGUGUGGGGUGUCUGAAUGCAUCAUCAUGGGGAUCCCCAUGAACAUUGGAACUGGGCUCUUCAAGCUGCUACACAAGGCCGACAGGGACCCAAGCCCUCCCAGGAGGCCCCUGAUCUUCGACACAAAUGAAUUCCACAUCCCCCUUGUCACAUAGUCCAGGGAAGAGGGGACCAUUCCUGACCUUGGCUCCUUGUCCCGUCUGGAAAGGGUCGACAUUGGCGGCCGAUCUGGAGAGCUUGUGCUUCCUGAGACAGACCCUGACAUCCCCACCGUGCUGCCAGGUACCCCAAAGUCACGUGGUUUCUUCCCGGGUGCCACGGCAUGCAGCCGGCAUGCACCCCAGGAGCAGCUCACCAGUGGCGCUGAUCACACCACGGUGCAUGGUUGGGAGAACUGAGGUUUGUCUGUCUGUUUGAAACCCUGGAGUCACGAGGAGACCCCGGCCAGGCAUCUUUGUCCUUCUCACUUCACCCAUCACACCAUGACCCAGAGCCAGCUAUAAGCCUCACGGUCAGGGCAUGUUCCUGGUUUUUCUGUCCCUCAGUCAUGCUAGAAUCUCUCAACAUGGCCUACUCAUGUAAAUGUUAUCACUAUUAUUUAUUUGUUCAGUAAAGAGUCUCGUUAUUUGUUAUUA